CCCUGCUUUGCAGAAAAUUUUUGGAGGAAGAUGACGCAGAAAGCAACCCUAUUCAAAGGUCAACAGAAGAGGAAAACAAUUCCUCCCAAUCGCCAUGGAAAAAUCCCCCAAACUCGUAAAGGGAAAAGAGUUGUGAAGCCAUCGAAGACAACCAAAGAGAUGGAAACAGAUCGGGAAUUGAGCAAGUUUAUCAAUUACUGCAACGAGACGAAGGCCGCUACAUUAGCCAACAAGGAGGGUGGGCAGCUGAGUAUUGUGAAAACGCCGUCGGAUGCUGCUGGUAAUAGUAAUAAUGCAGCAAAGAAGUAAAGGAGGAUUUAGAAUUUUGUGAGAAUAGUGUGAAAUUAUUUGUGAUGUUAUUUCUUUCCCUUUUAUUUUUCCAUCUAUGUCUUCUAACGCUUUUCUCAAUUUUGUCGGCAGUAAUCGGUUACUAAUAUAUAUAAAAAUUUGUUUCAACUUUUGUAAAA